UGUGUGGUGUGUAUUAGGCGCGGCAGUGCUCCGCGCGCCUUCACCCGCGGCGCCUGUGUUGCCGACAAUUUUAUGAUUACUUGUGACAUUGUGUUACAAAAGUGACCGACCUCUAUAAAGUUAUACUAGUAGUGCUAAAACGCCGUGAAAGGAUCCAAUCCUAGAAAAACGCCCACCAGAUUCCAGACCCUGUUCGGAUAGAAAAACAAACAUACCAUCCCGGAGCGAGAAUAGUACGAGGCGCCACCACGGCGCCCACAUCCACACGCCUGCUGAUGUCACAAUAAAUUGUAAUGCUGACACGCACAAUACCCCACAGAAGACUACGUCCUAGAGGACGACGGAGGACGUUGUAACAAAUAGAGUUCUAAACGUAAGCACAAGUGCCUAAACUACAAAAAUGGUGGCUAACCGUCGCAACUUCCUUUUUAGAGUGAGCAUUGUGAUAAACAUAGCUGUGCUGUUAUACGCAGCUAUGCAGCUAUCAGGGAAUACGACACCCGGGGUUUAUUGGGUCCCCGUCGAUGCGGAAAGAACCGCUGAAUUUAGAUACCUUAAUCAAGACAGAAAUGAUACUUAUACCCGAUUCGAGUCAAGCGGGAGGAACGUAGAAUCCAGUGCUAGAAAUUAUGAAGAGUCGACGUCUCAGAAAACGCCAUCCACCAUGGCAUCUACGAACAAAACCGCAUCUAGUACAGCAUCUGUGCCUGAAGUAGACCGAAAAGUAAUUAGUGCUGUUCCUGAACCAGAUGCAUCUAAUGCAACUAGUAUUGAUAUAGAGGACGAAGACAUUCUAUCGCCAACAACUUUGGCGUACCUUCGUACUUUGUUAGGAUGCAAUGAUAGAGAUAUGCUGCCUCAAACAGAACAGCGUGGAGAGUUCUGGGUAUUGAAGAAUUUUAUACGCGCAGACCACGGACUUUUAUCGUGCCAUGAGACGAUCACAUAUACGACGCAUGCAGGAUACGAGUUCCUUGAUAAUGUACAUCCUUUAGUUGAAAGAUGGAUGGCACCAGUGAGUCUGGCUAUUCACGCGCCGGGCGCCGACCUGACUCCCGCCGUGAACAGCAUCAGAUACUUACGGGAUUGUCUGAGUGACGAGAUAGUUAAGCAAUUUGUAACCUUCCACAUCUUCUUCUCUCACAAGCAUAUUCCUAGUAAGAUUCCAGACCCAGACGUGCUACUCCAAACACCAUACAACUGCUCUGGCAAGCCGCCAUACGAAAAUGUUACCUCGACUUAUAUGAAAGAGAAAAAUCUGCUGUACCCAGUGAAUGUCGCACGAAAUGUUGCAAGAGAUGCCGCAAUUACACACUACAUUCUUCCUUCUGAUAUAGAGUUGUACCCUAGUCCGAAUUUAAUUCCGCGGUUCUUGAAUAUGAUAGCGAGGAAUGCUAAGCCAUUAAGCACAUCUACCAAGCCAAGAGUCUUCCCAAUAAGUAUAUUCGAAGUUGACGCCAAAUAUCAGGUGCCAUCUUCAAAAACAGAGCUUCGUGCCAUGUUGGCGAACAAAACAGCAAUUCCUUUCCAUAAAUUCGUUUGCCCCAACUGCCACAAUAUACCUCAGGGGCAGCAAUGGAUGAAUGCGGCUGAGACCAAUCAGAUGGACGUAUUUCACGUUGGUAAGCGACGUGGUAAAUUCGUGCAUUGGGAGCCGAUUUUUAUCGGAACUCACCAGGAUCCCUAUUAUGACGAACGGCUAAGUUGGGAUGGAAAGAAGGAUAAAAUGACGCAGGGCUACAUCCUUUGUGUGAAGGAUUACGACUUUAUGAUAUUAAACAACGCAUUCCUUAUCCACAAGCCUGGUAUAAAGCAUUAUGUGAAAAACGCAAAACGGGACUCCAUAGCCGGCCGACAGUCCGCAGUUGUUAAAAGUAUUAUAAUGCCCGAAUUGAAGAAGCUGUUUGGUACGAGAAAUGGCUGCGCGCUGUGACGAAGAUACAAAGGAAAAUAGUAUUGUAUUUCCACCAAAGCGAAUCGCAUCCAUACGAAACAUCUAAUACUCAGUACACAAUUUGGUUAGUAGAACAAGAGAUUCUCGAAGCCAGGAUUGACUUCUAUCUACUUGCUUGUUUUGACAGUCUUAGGGUCUGUUUCACAAUGUCCGGAUUAGUUCCAAAUAAGCUAUUUAUUACUUAUUGUUAGGAUACACAGUAUUUUUGCAUUUCACGACUGUCAGAUAGCGCUAUUCGUCAUGAAACGCGAAGUAACUUAUUUGGAACUUUUAUCUUUCGAAUAAUUUGUGUUGCAUAGGUAUUUGGUACUUUAUCCAUACAUUGUGAAACAGGCCCUAAGUUCUUUGUUUAAUAUAUUCUUAGAUUUCAAAACCAUUCCAAGUCAACCGAAUUAUAUUUUUUCCAAAGGUCAUUAUCACACAUGUGUGUGCGUCGUUCUUUUCUUAGGAUUUAAAACAGUGUCAAAACAACGUUUCAUAACCUUGACUUCGUUUAUACGUGUUUGUGUCAAAGUUGUAUUGCCUAAGCACGUUUUGGUGGAUUAAAGGAAUGCAAAUACAGGGUGCGAUUUUCCGCCUGCCUUUUAUACAUUUUUAUACAUGUGACGAGUAAACGAAACAUAUCAUUCGAUAAUUUUAACUUAGACAAUAUCCAGAUGAAUCCGUGUCUUAAAGUGAAUAUAUUUUUGAAAUUAACAUCUUAAUACUCAAUUUAGUACUCAAAAAUUGUUUAACUGAGAUUAGUGCCGUCAUUCAGUAUGUUUGAGUAAAGUUUGUCUUGACAAUGCACAUGCAAUAUCACACGUACUACAUUUGUAAUUUUUUUUUUUCAAAUCUUAAAAAAAAUCUGUAAUGUGCCAAAACGCACAUUAGUGUUUUUUUAUUCUACUUGGCUUAACCAUUUAAAUCAAUUCAAUCAAGAAAAAAGCGUACCAAUUCUUAAAAAGCCGGCAACGCACUGCGAGCCCUCUGGCAUCGAGUGUCAAUGGGUGGUGGUAUCAUUUAAGAUCAGGUGAGCCUCCUGCCCGUUUGCCCCCUGUUCUAUAAAAAAAUCACUUGACACUUUACUCGGAGAUAUUGAACACAGCAAUUAACAAAACGAGUCCAUCGAGUUUCCUAUUAAAAUAUUCAAGGCCUAUAAGUCAUUUAUUUAGUUUAGAAUGUAAAUAGUGCUAAACUGUGAAGUAAAGGAACACUUGACUGUAUUAUUUAAGUAUUUCUUUACUGCAUUAUUUUUUAUAUUAGUAAAAUUGCGGGGCUAAAUUUCACUUUCAUUCAACAAUCAUCUUCUUCCGGAAAAUUGCUUCAUAAAUGGUACCAGUUAAAACUGGUACUGGCAGUGUAUCAUGUUACAUCAGGCGAGCCACCUGCCUUUUUUUACCCUUUGCCUUUACCACUGUUCUAAACAAAAUCAACGUCAAUGAAUAGGGUGAGUUAUUUUACUAGAAAUUUUUUUUGAAUUGAACACAUUUAUGGUAAAUGCUCGAAGCAAAAUAUGAUUUUGAAAAAGACGAUAGCCCCGUAAUUAUUUCGAGUUUUAUUGCUAGUUAAAAUUAAGUUCAUGCGAUUCCAAUGAAUUCGUAAAUCAAAUUAUUUUGUAUAUAUUUUUGUAUUUGGUGCACAAACUAAAUUCCUAAUUGCAUUUUAUAUUAGGAGUUAGAACUUAUAAGUCACUAUUUUGCUUAAGUGCCAGUCCGUUCUUCAUGCUAUUUUAUGUAUAAAUAAGUGUAUGUUAGGUGCAAAACAAGGCCUCAAUAAGAAGUGCUUAAACUCACCACGUUCGAUAUAGUUUAGUUUAGUUUUAAUUAGUCAAUACUCUUGUAUAGGCGCGGUAUCGCACAAGGAUUCCAAUAGUAUUCUUAUGUAUUUAACGUAUUUCAAGUUCAUCUGUGGACCAUAUGACAUUACUACAUUUAUAAACCUAAGUAACUCUUCUCUCAGCCUUUUAAUUUAUAACUUUGUUUAUAAGUAAAAUGAUUAGCUAUAGUAAAUCCUAGGGGACUAGUUUGUCAGCAUAUUUGUUCCUUGAAAUACGUUCCGGGAUACAAUCCUUAUAUUAUCAUAAUGUUAAGGCAUAUAGCUUUUGGGUUUUGGUAAUGGUAAUGCAUGUGGUGAGUUUUCACUGGGCGAAGUGCCUCUUAAGUUAGAAAUUAGUCUUGCAAUGUGAUCAUGAAAUGAUAACCUCUUUUGGCUAAGCAUUAUUACUGUUAUGGAAUCUCCUAUGUAAUAUGCUUGUGUAUGAAUAAAAUUGUAUAUGAUUUUUUAUAAUUGACAUAUAAAAAUUUACAGGAAUCAUGUAUUCGAUUAAAUGGACAUAAGUAA